CGCCAUGGCGACGCGGGACGCGCGGGGCCGGGCCCGCCAUGGCGGCCUACGGGCGGGGGGUGCGCGUCGGGAACUGGCUGGAGGACCUGCACGAGCAGGAGGAACUCCUGAGGGAUUUUAUCAGUAGGAGAGAACGAGGACAACUUUUAACGCAGAGAUUAGCCAGACUUCAAGAGAAUAUUUUGAAGAAGGUAAAGCUGUCAGUGUCUAUUGAUGGACUGGUUCACUUUGGAGACACUGUGAUGGUUAUGAACCCAGACAUCAAAACCCCGGAGGCAAAGGACGAUGAAACACGUGGUGACCUGACCUUGGCAGUGGACAUGGAGGAAAUAUCCCUAUUUUCCGAUGACCCACCGCAAGUCUCACGUGGACUGAGCGCAGUCAACAGCGUGAACCCUGUGGGUCGAAAUAGUUUCUGUAUCGUAAGUGCUGAUGGAAGUGAAGUGGGUGAACCACUUAGAUUUGGGCAAAACUUUCUUCUUGGGACAACAGGAGGGAUUUCUGACACACUGUUUUAUCUAGGGAGUGACCACAAAACAUUCACAGCAUUUGCUAAAAAAUCUCGCCUUCAGCCGGUAUUUUUGACAGGUGAGGAUUCCUACUUGACUUGCUGGCAAGCUGCCUUCCUGGAUCCACAGCUGCGUCUUGAAUACGAAGGAUUUCCAGUUCCUGCAAACACUAAAAUUCUAAUUACUCAUUGCUAUACUAAUCGGAACUUAGCCAUUCCAAGGAACUUUUGUGUUUGGUCUUAUUUUGGAAAAGAAUGUGAAGUUGUUUGUCACAAUUACCUGGACUCCCACAAAGUUGAAGAAUAUAAGAAUUACUGGGAAAUAAUUACAGGAAAUCCUGGUGCUGAAGGUGGUACAAUGAUUGAUAGACCCAAACCUCACCCAGAUGGGUAUAAGAACGAAGAACUUCCAUGAAAAGACA